UUUUCUGUUCCUCUCUUGCUCGACCCGAACCCGUUUGCUCUUCCCCAAACAACGAAGAGGUUUUAGUUUGAUUUCAUAUUCAGAAAAACCCUCGAUAUUUCCCCUCCAUUACAAGAUCCUUCCUUCUCCCAGCUCUCUCUCUCUCCGUCACCGACAUGUUCAAAAAGUUUUCAUCUGAGGAUGUGUCAGCACAAAACCAAGUCAAGGCAUCUGUUCAACGCAAGAUUCGGCAAAGCAUUGCAGAAGAGUAUCCAGGACUUGAACCGGUGUUGGAUGAUUUGCUACCAAAGAAGGUUCCACUAAUUGUUACUAAAUGUCAAAACCAUCUUAAUCUGGUGGUGGUGAACAAUGUUCCUCUAUUUUUCAACAUCCGUGAUGGGCCUUAUAUGCCUACCCUACGACUUCUUCAUCAAUAUCCAAAUAUUAUGAAAAAGUUGCAAGUAGACAGAGGGGCAAUAAAAUUUGUUCUUUCGGGUGCAAAUAUAAUGUGCCCUGGUCUUACAUCACCUGGUGGUGCUUUGGAUGAUGAAGUGGGGGCCGAAACUCCUGUGGCCAUAAUGGCUGAAGGAAAGCAACAUGCGCUUGCUAUUGGCUUUACAAAAAUGUCAGCCAAAGACAUAAAGUCAAUUAACAAGGGAAUCGGAGUGGACAACAUGCAUUACCUCAAUGAUGGUCUCUGGAAGAUGGAGCAUCUAGAUUGAAGGGUCCACGAUUAGUAGCUAUCACCAUCACCGGUGUACAUCACGAGAGAACAUACGCUGCUUGCUUCGAUUUUGCUCUGAACUUUUCCUUUUCCAAGCAUAUUUUAUCCACGCCGCGGAGCUGUAUGAAAAUAUCCCCUCAUGUUUUACUUUGUCUCUGUCACUGUUAACAAUGGAGGACCAAAUUUGCUCGAAAUAUUUAUCGAAUUGCCAUGAAUAUCAUAUGUAACUUGGUGGAUUUUAUUUUAACCAAUCUCUGCAAAAAUUAUACCAGAGAGAAUGUUGAGGUAUUGUCUUAUGUAUAAACUUGUUUCUGGGUGUUCUUUCUGUAUCGGAUUAUGCUUUUUUGAAUUUCUAAACACUAUUGUUUGAUUAGAACUGGAAAGCAAGCCAUAUUGGAA